AUGUCAGGCCGCGUUCCUUCAAGCAGUAACGAAUCAUCUCUCCUUCCUGAAGAAGACUUUGCUUCUCCUCAUUCUAGUGCAGACGAAGAGUAUGACUCUGACGAACCGCCCGAGUUGAAUCUGAAUUUCCAAGAACUGAAAGAAUGCGCCUCAACCGUUGCAUCAGCCCGCUGCAUCAACAUCCGGAAGCUCACCCGUGGAAGAUACCAUGAGAUCUUCCUGCUUGACUUCGAACCCGGCUCAGAAACAAAAGUGGAAGUAGCACGAGCGCAGCAUUCAUGCAUCGCAAGACUGACCCGCGGUGACGAAAGUCUUGCCAAAGCUACCAGUGAACUUGCCACCAUGCGAUAUGUCAAAGACCAUACGUCGAUACCAGUUGCCACAAUUCUUCAUCAGGACCUACGCUCUGAUAAUCCAGUCGGCGCCCCGUUUGUUCUCAUGGAGAGACUGCGCGGGCGGCAUCUUUAUAAACUAUGGGACGGUCUAUCCCUCGAUCACAAGAAGGACGUUCUCACCCAGAUCGCGUCAGUCCUGACACGGUUGGCAGCGCUUCAUUUCGAUGGCAUUGGCAGUCUACAAGACGACGGACUAGGCCCUCUAGUGCACCCUUCGCUUCCUCGCCAAGAAGAGAAGCCAUUCCAAUCGACUCUUGACUACCUGAGCGCUUUCGCCCGGGAGGACACCGUGGAAGACCCCAAACACAAAGAUCUCUACCAACAAGUACGGCAAGAGUUGGAAAAAUAUUUUUCUUCAAAGUCUGAUGCGUCGUAUCUCAAAUCACCGUUUCGCCUCAUUCACGGUGACUUCGAUGCUCAAAAUUUACUUUUCACAAAAGUUUCAGACACUCCUGACAACGCACCUGUCCUCUCUGGCGUGAUCGACUUUGAGUAUUCCUACGCAGGUCCACUUUAUUAUUUAUACGAGUAUCCGAUCUUCAUUCAAGAUGUGGAUUUUUCUCCCGAGUUAUAUGAGGACAAUGCGAUAUUGCGACCACACUUUGUUCGGGCUUUGCAGCAGUCAUUCCCCGAGGGUUCACCAGAAGCGAUCGCAGCGAGAGAUGUGAUGCACGAAAAGAAUUUCAUUCUUAAUGACUUCCCACGGUUGAUCACCUUGAUGGCGAACGACAGCUCAGAGAUAGGGUAUUUUCUUCAGAACUUGAGGAAUGGAACUGGCCUUGCGUACAGUGGAAGACAGGAUUAUGUACCUGACCCGGAACAAUGA